CUCUUCACAUAAACACUCUGAUUCGCACAGAAACAGCACACACAGAGGCAUCUCUGCUUCUUUUUGAACUAUCUUCUCCUUUGUUUGUGUCUAUCUUGUCUGUUCGUGCCUGUCAGACUGUCACUCUAGCAGAACCUGGGACUUAUUUACUCUCUUGGAGUAGCUCACACACUCUUCUUAACCCUCGUGCCUCCUGCUCCGGACUUGCUGUGACUGUCUAGCCCUCCACCGGUGGACUAUGCCCCCAUCCGUGAGCUGAGGGAGGGGGCUCUGCGCUGCUCAGGCUCCCAUCUGGAGAAGGCUUGAGCUGAAAUCAAAGAGGACACGGUAAGGUUAUUGCUGAAGAUGCAAGCUUCAACUGUCUCACCUGUGACCAACACUACAGGCCCUUCAAACGUCACAAAGACCCAAGAACAAAUACUCAUCCAGAGUUCUGGAGCAAUGAUCGCUGUCAUCGUUGUCGGCAUCGUCAUAAUUCUCGCCAUUCUUCUGAUCAUCCUGAAGACAUACAACAGGCGGACACAUGUAUCCAGAGUCCUGGGAGCCAACGGUGGCCACAAACCUCGACCGAAGUUGUCACAAUCCACCGUUCAGAGCAGCAUGCCGCUUAGCACCCUGGGAGUCAACUCUGUGUCGGGGAGCAUUCUUAACUCAAACCAGGCUUCAGAGAACAACUUACAGCUGCCCAGAACGGAGUUGAACAGCGAAGAGGGAAACCACAUAGAGCAGUCCAGCUCCAUCAGUGACUCCACUGUGAUCACCAUACAUGAUACUCCAUCAAUAGGACACACAUAGCAACACGAUUGUACUGACUGAUGUGUCAUCUUCAUCCGUGACCAAAUACUGUGUGCUGACUGAAUCCUGUGGAGACUCGAUCCGUCACGUUAGUGUCGUGACUGUCGAUCUCCACGAACUGAGCCACUGCCGGUGACUACAAUAACAGGAUAUCUUUUUUGUGUGCUCAAAUACACAUAAUGUACAAUAAUUAGACACAACGGAUUGCAUGAAGGAUUUGCAUUAAAGGCUUUCUUGAGAAGAAUUGCUUUUUGGCUACAGUCAGUGUUCAGAGUAAAGAUGCCAGAAGUGUCUCACUGUUUGUACUCUUUGCAGAUUACUACAUAUACCAUGAAGAAAAUGUGAGGUAAAGACUGUAAUGGCUUGUCCAUAGUGUGUGUACAGUUCUGUAUUAAAGAGGACCACAUAACAGUAAAUGUAGGAUUAGUGUAAACUUCUGAGAAGGCAAAGAGGGUAUGAAAGGAACUAAUUUAGUGUUUAGUAUGUUUCAGCAAAAUGUGCAGAUUUAUUUUUGAUUCACCAACAAUAUACCUUACUAAAUCUGGUUCACCUUGCAUUAAAUUGUCUUUGUCUUCUGAUAACAGAUUUGUUGUUGGUAGAUACAUGUAUAAAAUGUCAAUGUAUUUUUUAUUACCUUUUAUAAAGAAGAAACCACAGAGAUAUUUUGUGUGACAUCUGGGUGUCAAUCCAACACGCUGAAUCAUUUUAUUCUGACGCCAGAGGAUUUUGCACUUUAUUUCCAUUGUUCCUUGUAUUUGUUUUGUUUGUGGUUGUUUAAAUGAAGUGAGAUACAAAUAAAAUCUAAUAUUUCUAA